UUUGUGCGAAACGAUCUGAGCGUGUAUCGACAACAAAAGCCCGGCGCGGCUGCUGAUUUUGUUUAUGUUUUCAUUUUGCUUUACGGGCGCGUAAUUCGAUUCCCUUCGAAACAUUCCGUAAUUCCGCUUCCGGCCGGUGUGGGACCAGAUUAAAAAUGAACGAAGCAUUCCGUGCGAUCGAUGCCAAAGGCACCCAGGACGAUGCCGAGGACGACGACGGCCUGGUGGAGAUGACGGAUUUCUACGAUCCGAUCGCGGCUUUGCUGUCCAGCAUUGGCGGGGAGGCCGAAAAUCUCACCGAGGAGUUGAGGAAAUAUGACAUCAAGUACGAGCAUCUGUCCGGGCUGUGCGAUGAGGAUCUCGUGGUUCUAGGGCUGAAGAACAAACGAAUUCGAGAGGAAGUGCUGGCCGAAAUCGCGGUUCUGCCGAAUCAGAUGGACCACUAUGACCAAGCCAUGAAAACGAUCAACAUACAGGACUACGCCCGAGAGAUUCUGAAAAACGCUCAAUCGCAUCUGGACAGCCUCGGAGCGUUGCUCACCCUGACUCAGCUAAGGCUCUCUGCGCAACACGUGGACAAUGUGCAAAUCGAAGACGAUAAGUACGCUUCGGAAGCAGCGGUAAGUCUCUGCGAAAAGCUAGCGUUGAAAAGUAGCGAAAUAGAUCAGUUUAUCAAAGAGCUUAAGAAGGGACGGUUCUCCAAGGAUAAGGUUCUUUCGAAACAGAAGAAUAGCACUAGGAGUGGUAGUUAUCUUAACAAAGUUUUAUUUAUCUCACUGUUAGCCGGCUGUGCUUAUAUCGGUUUCCGACAUUUCAAACAUCUAAUUAAGUAGAAUGUUAUUGAUGGUCGUGUUCUUCGACAUUAAAUACAGUAAGUUCCAUUAUCAAUGUCUACCGUC